ACCCAGGAAAAGCCCGAUCAUUUGUUUCCAGAAUUUUCUAUCUCACAGUUGUACGUUUGCCGAUCGCAUAAAAAUGAGUUUCGCUGAGCAUACCCAAACUAUUUUGGAAAAAUUGUUAAUUUCCGAUAAAGAUCGAGCGGUAUACACAAAAGACGCUGAGGAAAUUCAAAACUACGUGAUUGACGAACUAAAACGGGUAGAUGAUAAAUUUCGGCAAGUUUUCGACGGUCUUAGCCUGGGAGGAAGUUACUUGGAUCGCGUUAAGCUGAACGUUCCCGAUGAAUUUGACCUGCACAUGAAACUCAAAUUCCCCUUUGAUAUCACGCCAAAACCAAUCGGCAGUGGGUUUGUCUAUCUGGAGGGGGAAUUGAUUGCAAUGGGUGUCUCUUCCCAACGAGUCCACCGUAUUAAGCUUCAGGAAUGGUUGCGCGAUGCAUUCCAUAAGGUAUUCAAGUCAACUCAGACAGUUACCAGCACCAGUGGCCAAGUCUACAAUUUGAGAUAUACACUAGAAGGAUAUGGCUGUGCUCAUACCAUUGUCGCCAGUGGAAGUCGUUCGAUAUCUUUUGAUUUUGUGCCGGCAAUUGAAUUUACUGGAAGCCAAUGGCCGCUUGCUGCUCCCCCAGUUUCUGCUGAGGUACGCGAAAAAUGGCCUUGGUUCGCCAUUCCGCAACAGAGGAAGGGUAAAAAUAAAUCGAAAACCUCAUUCAUGGUUUGUGCUCCUCACUGGGAGCGCGAAAUGAUGAAGGAUGCGGGCAAUUUGAAGAACGUCCUACGUCUGAUGAAGGGAUUACGUGACGCCCACGCUGGUCAGUUGCCCCACUUGUCCAGUUACAUGUUGAAAACCGUACUGCUCCAUCGAAUCGAAACGGUUGACUGGCAACAGGACCUUGGUACUCUUCUGAUGGAGAUGUGGAGUCAUUUGGUGGAUCAUCUACGAGCUGGUAGGCUGGAGUUCUUUUUGGAUAAGGGGCACAAUGUAUUCAGACGAAUGCUACCGGGGGAAAUGAAACAAUGUCGACUCACCUCGGAGAACUUGCUCCUAAAAGCUUCGAUAUGCUAAGUCAGCAGGCAGCUAUUCGAGUUUGGCAAAUAUUUUCCUUAUUUAAUAGAAUUUAAGUUAUUCCCAAAGAAAAAUAGUUUGCCUGUGUUUUCCAAAAACAACUUUUCGAAGAGUAAUUUCAUUUAAAAAUUUAAUUUCCAAAGAAAAUGAAUUUGAUUACGUUUUCUAAA